AUGGCCGGAGCAGAAGACCAGGCUAGCUGGUGGAAUGGAAACAGCAGAGGCACUCAUGCUCCGGGAAAAACCGGUCUGAACAGGCUGCUGUUGCCAGGGCAGUCAGGCCGCGCGCAGGCGCAGCGGAGCCUGGGGAAAAUGGUGCGCUGGCCGUUGUUGUGGGCGCAGCGCCGGAAGGCGGCGGCUCUUUGGCUGAGCCUGUCCCCGUCCCCCCGAGGAAGCUCAACGAGCGCCGCGGGCACCGACAUGGACGACGUCCUCCGCCGCACGGUGGCGGCCGUGCCCCCUUACGAGAUCCGGGAGAAGCCGGCGCUGCACGAAGCGCCGAGCCGCGAGUUCGUGCGCUUCUACCGGUGCCUGGGAGACGCCGAGAGGCCGGUCUUCCUCGCCAAGCUUGCGGCCGACUACGGCACUGACCACGGCAUGGUGUCCGAGGUGUGCGGUCGGCUGACGGAGGCCCAGAGCCGGGAUCUGGGCACUUUGCUGAAGGCCGAGGAUAGGCUGCGGCACUGGCUAACUCCUCGCUAUAAAUUCCUCGUCAGCCACAUCUGCCGUCAGGAGGGAGGAGUGAAGUUUCUUGUUGACUUGCGGGCGGAUAUCUUGCAGUGCCUGCAGAGCAAAACAGCGGACACCCCUCAAGUCAGGGAAAUGAAUGGAAUAUUGAAGACGCUGCUGUCAGAUUGGUUUUCAAUAGGAUUCUUAAACCUUGAGCGCAUCACUUGGCAGUCCUCUUGUGAUCUGCUACAGAAGAUUAGCGAGUAUGAGGCAGUGCAUCCUGUCAGAAACUGGGCAGAUAUUAAACGCCGAGUUGGACCUUACCGAAGGUGCUAUGUUUUUACUCACAAUGCUAUGCCAAGGGAGCCGCUGAUCGUUUUACAUGUGGCACUGACAGAUGACAUCUCUAACAAUAUACAGGCUAUCGUCCAAAAAGAUCCUUCUCUGGAGAUGACUGAGGAUGUGAACAAGAUCACCACAGCUAUUUUCUACUCCAUCAGCUCUUCACAGAGAGGACUGCAAGGGGUAGAGCUUGGAACAUACCUCAUCAAGCGAGUUGUAAAAGAGCUUCAGGCUGAAUUUCCUCAAAUGAACCAAUUCUCCAGUCUGUCUCCAAUUCCCGACUUCAAAAAAUGGCUGCUUGGAACCUUCAAUAACAAAAUCAAGGAAGAGAAAGCAAAAAAGAUUUUCACGGAACUUGAAUUCAAGGAAAUCCAGGACAUCAUUGAAGGACCUGUAUCAGAAAGACUUCACCACCUACUUUCUAAUAAUGAGUGGGUGAAGUCUGACAAAUUAGUUAGAGUUCUUGAGACACCACUUAUGCGACUUUGUGCCUGGUACCUGUAUGGAGAAAAACAUCGUGGGGGUGCCCUUGACCCAGUAGCUAACUUUCAUCUUCAAAAUGGUGCUGUGAUGUGGCGAAUAAACUGGCUGGCUGACACAAGUUCUCGUGGUCUUUCAUCAUCCUUUGGAAUUAUGGCAAAUUAUCGAUAUCUCCUCGAAGAUACCAAUCGUAAUAGUGUCCAGUACUUGAGAACAAGGCACAUUGAGGCAUCUGAGCAGAUUCUGAGUCUUGUAGCUCAGUGUCAGACAAUCAGCAAACUUUAACUGGAGCUUCACAGGAAAAUGAACUGUUUUGAAAAUAAUGAAUUAACUUUAACCAUCAUUAUUACCCGUUAUUGUUUAGAUAACAAGGACUUGCCACAAAAAAAAUUAAACAUGAAAUUUGUUGUGAAACAGCAAUGUUAUUUGGCCAGUUUGAUUGGUAAUAUAUCAUGUAAACCUAUUUAAUGAUGAGCUACAUGAAUGCUGAAGUCUCCAAAUCAGUAAAUUUAUUAAUGUCUAACUGAUAAAUUGUAAACCAUUAGAAAGAAAGAAUGAACGUUUUAUGAUGACUUCGAUGCCACAGGAUGUCUUGCUGCCAAUGAAGUAAUAUUGAUCUGUAGUUCCUCUUGAAUGCCAUCCAGUGUUAUUGUAACAUCUGCCAGUCUGAUAGAAAGAGGUACUUAUUUUCAAUAGGGCAUCAGUGUGUUUCUUCAAUUUUAAAAAUCUAUCAGAGCCAACUUUCUAUUCAUUAUAUUGCUUCUCUUUAUCUCUUUUUUUUAGUUUCGCAAUGACUCUCCCAUGAUGGUGACAACAAUCAGUAUACCACUGCUUCAUUUGUGGUUUGUCUAUCUUUUCUUUGUCCUUGUUCCUAAGGUUUGGUUUGUGGCCUCCCUUUGGAAUAGUCUCUGCUUAUGGGUGAAGUACUGGGGUGAUCUUCCAGUUCUUUCUGCGGAAAGGUUGACCAGGAAACGCUUCCACUUUUAUUACCUGCCAUCACCUUUACUGGAGCCAUUUACUGGCUGAUGAUCAAUUGGAUUAUAGAACAUAGAACAUAGAACAGUACAGCACAGAACAGGCCCUUCAGCCCACAAUGUUGUGCCGACCAUUGAUCCUCAUGUAUGCACCCUCAAAUUUCUGUGACCAUAUACAUGUCCAGCAGUCUCUUAAAUGACCCCAAUGACCUUGCUUCCACAACUGCUGCUGGCAACGCAUUCCAUGCUCUCACAACUCUCUGCGUAAAGAACCUGCCUCUGACAUCCCCUCGAUACUUUCCACCAACCAGCUUAAAACUAUGACCCCUCGUGCUAGCCAUUUCUGCCCUGGGAAAUAGUCUCUGGCUAUCAACUCUAUCUAUGCCUCUCAUUAUCUUGUAUACCUCAAUUAGGUCCCCUCUCCUCCUCCUUUUCUCCAAUGAAAACAGACCAAGCUCAGUCAACCUCUCUUCAUGAGAUAAGCCCUCCAGUCCAGGCAGCAUCCUGGUAAACCUCCUCUGAACCCUCUCCAAAGCAUCCACAUCUUUCCUAUAAUAGGGCGCCCAGAACUGGAUGCAGUAUUCCAAGUGCGGUCUAACCAAAGUUUUGUAGAGCUGCAACAAGAUCUCACGACUCUUAAACUCAAUCCCCGUGUUAAUGAAAGCCAAAACACCAUAUGCUUUCUUAACAACCCUGUCCACUUGGGUGGCCAUUUUAAGGGAUCUAUGUAUCUGCACACCAAGAUCCCUCUGUUCCUCCACGCUGCCAAGAAUCCUAUCCUUAAUCCUGUACUCAGCUUUCAAAUUCGACCUUCCAAAAUGCAUCACCUCGCAUUUCUCCAGGUUGAACUCCAUCUGCCACCUCUCAGCCCAUCUCUGCAUCCUGUCAAUGUCCCGCUGCAGCCUACAACAGCCCUCUAUACUGUCAACGACACCUCCGACCUUCGUGUCGUCUGCAAACUUGCUGACCCAUCCUUCAAUUCCCUCGUCCAAGUCAUUAAUAAAAAUUACAAACAGUAGAGGCCCAAGGACAGAGCCCUGUGGAACUCCACUCACCACUGACUUCCAGGCAGAAUAUUUUCCUUCUACUACCACUCGCUGUCUUCUGUUGGCCAGCCAAUUCUUUAUCCAAGCAGCUAAGUUCCCCUGUAUCCCAUUCCUCCUGACCUUCUGAAUGAGCCUAUCAUGGGGAACCUUAUCAACUGCCUUACUGAAGUCCAUAUACACCACAUCCACAGCUCGACCCUCAUCAACCUUUCUAGUCACAUCCUCAAAAAACUCGAUAAGGUUUGUAAGGCAUGACCUACCCCUCACAAAGCCGUGUUAUCAUAAGUUCAAGAUGAACUUAUCUUCCACAGCUGGCAAGUGCUGAAAUGGAAUUCAGAUCUGGAAUCUCAAGCUCAGAGAUAAGGACACUACAACAGUGCUGCAUGACUUCCAUAUACUACUCUGUAGCUAUUGUCAUAUAUUUUAAAUCGAAAGUUCCUCUGUGAUAAAAGUUAUUUGUUGCUGUAUCGACCUGCAAUUUACCUAUGAAGAUGAUUUAAAUUGACUUUAGGGUUUUGGGAAAAAAAACUAUUUAACAUUGCCGUUACAUACUGUUACCUCUCUUGUAAGAGAAUUUCAUGCCAUGGUGAGUUUUUAAAUUGAAUAAAUUUAA